AAGAAGUAUAUGUUCUUUUGUAUGAAAAAAUAAAGCAAGAUUUAACAUUAUCGAUGUGGAUGACAAGGCCUUAACUGCUAAGGAGUUUAUAAUUGAAUUCACCUCCUUAGACUAAACGCAUCACCACCGUUGCUCUCACGACAUAGACAUAUUUGAAGUUUUGGUAUUUUACAGACAAUUAUAAAAAUUUCUAGAUUAUCAAUAAACGAAUAAAAGUUACUAAAUUUUGGAAUGGCACCAAAAGCUAAGCAAUCGCAAAGAGCUUAUACAAUAGUAAUUAAGCUUGGUACUUCGUCCAUUUGCGAUGAGAAAACACAUGAACCACUCAUUUCCAACUUGUCUUUAAUUGUGGAGACUGUCGUCAAACUUCGAAAACUAGGCCAUAAUGUCGUCUUAGUAUCGAGUGGUGGUAUUGCAAUGGGCCUGAGGAGAUUGGACCUUCCCAAACGUCCUUCUAAACUCUCUGCUGUUCAAGCUAUUGCUGCCGUUGGUCAAGGUAGAUUGAUAUCUCUUUGGGAUAACCUAUUUUCUCAACUUCGACAGCCAAUUGCCCAGAUUCUAAUUACCAGAAACGACAUAGCAGAGAGAACGCAAUAUGUAAACGCCGCUAAUACUAUUUCCGAGCUUUUACAUUUGGGAGUUGUUCCAAUUGUCAAUGAAAACGAUACGCUUUCGGUACAAGAAAUUCGUUUCGGUGAUAAUGAUACCCUAUCGGCGAUUACUGCGGGAAUGAUUAAUGCGGACUACCUCUUUUUAUUAACAGACGUAGAAUGUAUGUUUACCGCUAAUCCUCGUACAAAUCCUGAUGCAAAACCUAUUCGUAUGGUACAAGACACCUCUUCGGUGAUUGCAGACGUUUCUUCUCCUGGUAGUAACGUUGGUACGGGAGGAAUGAAAACCAAACUUAUAGCCGCCGAGUUAGGUACUUCUUCAGGCGUAAAUGUUGUGAUUUCGCAUGGUGCUAAACCAUCCAAUAUCCUUGAAAUUAUUCGACACGCAUCUUCAUCCGCCGAAGACCUAGAAAAAAUUGAGGGGUUACCUCUGUAUACUCAUUUUGUUGCCAAAAAACAAAACAGAAUACGCGAUCGCCAUUUUUGGCUCUUGCACGGUCUAAAGCCACAGGGAAGUUUAGAAAUUGAUGAAGGAGCCCAUGUAGCAAUCACAAGGACGAACCGUGCUGGUCUGUUGCCUGUAGGGGUUACCAAUGUAAACGGCCACUUUGCCGCACAUCAAGCUGUGAACAUUACUUUUAAAGAUGCGGUCAUCGGUAGAGCCUUGGUAAACUAUAGCAGUACUGAGAUAGAAUUAAUCAAAGGGAAAAGGAGCAACGAGAUUGGCAACAUUUUGGGCUUUACGGAAACUGAAUAUGUUGCUUACCGUGAUUAUUUGGUCAUCAAGGAUUUCGGCACUCAUUAAACUACAAGUUAUUAGACUUUUUUAUAUAGAUGACUCUGAUUUUUGUUUAAUUAUUUUGGUUACUGAAGCCACUACUAUUUCAAAUUUGGAGCAGGUAUGUUUGCUUCCUUAUUUUUCUAUCGCUAAAUAUUAACUGAAGUCGCUUUUGAAGUAAUAAUAUCC